CACACACACACACACACACACACAAAAAAACCUCACUAACUUCUGUAGUCUGAUGUUUUUACUCUGGUGGGUCAACCCCACAGCUUCCUCUCUCUCUCUCUCUAUCUCUCUCUCUCUCGCCUUUUCAUCUUUUUUGUUCCUGUCAGCUCUUCAUUGUCUACAGUUCACUGCAAUGGCUGUUUUGGAGUUUGCACAGCCUUUCACAUUAUUCUCUCCCAUGAGAGGAACUACGUUGCUACAUUUGCUAUUUAUUGUCAUGUUGCAGCAAGGAUUUUCUACGGAGAAACAAUUUCAGAUUAUUCAAACUCCAAGUGUAGUAUUUGCCAUGUCAGGAAACACAGUGACUCUAAACUGCAUUAUAAAUAUGGAGAAAGUAGGAGCUGUGGUGUGGAAAAAACAUUCAGGCAACAACAACUUACUUUUCUACUCUGACAUCUUGCAGCAAAAUGGUGCCACUGACAUUCGAAUAUCCUGGGUCCAUUCUGUGCGCAUAUUUGAUCAGUCCAUCCAGAUAAAAAAUAUCACUUUGCAAGAUACUGGGGUGUAUCACUGUGUGAAACUUGACUCUUACAAAAAAGAAUACAGAGUUGGUUCUGGAGUCACACUCAUCAUUAUUGCAACACCUUCAUAUCCUCAGAUUACAGUGGAUCAUUUUUCCAGCACUGAAGAUGAUAAUUCAAUAAAAUUAACUUGCACUUCUCAUGGGUUCUCUCCUCAUCACAUCAUGGUCACGUGGUUGAAAGACAAAGACAGGGUCUUAUCUUCACAAAGCCAUGUUGACUCUCAGAACAGUAAUUUUUCAUUUAAUGUAAACAGCACAGUCACUAUUCAAUUGCAGAAGGAGGAUAUCAAAUCUGCUGUCUAUUGUGUGGUAAACCAUACUGCAUUGCAAAUACCACUGACUAAAGCAUUUUACCUUGGGAGAAUAAUGCAAGUGCAACCUACGUUAAGCUUGGACAGCGUUCAUAAAGUUUUGGUCAACACAUCAGUGAGACUGAACUGCACAGCUCUAGAGUUUUAUCCGUGAAUAUUAGUGUGCACUGGUCAAGGAAUGGAGCAAGCCUUGCUGCUUUGCAUGGUCCAUUAGUAAACAACAGUGAUGGAACAUACAGCAUUAGCACUUUUCUGGAAAUUAACGCAACUGAGAAAGACAAUAAUGCCACUUUCACCUGUCAAGUGGUUCACACUUCACGAAAACAGUCUAGAACUACAAUACUGCUACUGUAUGAAGACCCUAUGAAUGUGGAUGGACUGAAACAAAACCAUGUGGCAGUUAUAUGUGCUGCUGUGAUAUUGUUUGUGUUUGCUUCCACUGCUGUUUUCUUCCUUUGUUACUUCAGAAUCCAUUCAGGUGAACAUCACACUGACGGAAGCAAUGAAAUAUCUGCUGCCGACUUUGCUGAACCUGAGGAGAAUGAAAAUGUGGAAAGCAUCAAGUACGUGGAAUUGGACCUGUCCAGGAAGCCAACAGAGAAAAAAUGUGUUUUGUUGGACAACAGCUGUGAAUACGAUUACCCAGCAGCAUCAGUAAUGCCAUCAUCACAUGGCAGACAUAUUACGUAUGCUGAGCUUGCUCAACCAACCAAACACAAGGGGAGAAAGGUUCAGUCAAAGACAGCAGUGCAUGAUGAUGCACAACAUUUGUAAAGCAGCAUGAAGCAACUCACUGCUGUAUCCAAAGUGCGGGUCUUACCCACAGACACAUAGCCAUGCCAUAGCAGUUUCUGGAAUCCACUGAUUUAUUUAAAAUUACCAUAACUUCAUUUUGAUUAAACAUUAUAUGUGCUGCAUCAUAUCACUGUGAAAUUACCAUGAAAAUAUUUACUGACAUGCAUUUAAUAAAUUCAGCCCAUGCAUAAGGUGGAAUUCAAAAUGUAAGGACUAUUGUGGUUGAUGCGGUGGUGCUGUGGACCCUCAGUUUCAUGUAGAUGCUAUCUGUUUCGGUUUCAUUAGAAGUUUUGGUAGCACUGAUCAAUAAAAUAUGAUUUAAAAAAAGGGCGCCUGAUCUAGGUUCCAGAAAUGCCCUACACAUUAGAGCUGGUAUAUCUAGUUAAGGAAAAGAAAUUGGACAUAUUUGUACAGUGAGGAGAGGCAUCCCAAAAGGCUUGGUAUUGGGACUCCAUUUAUUUUCCAGUAAUACUUUUGACCAGUAAAAAUAUGAAUAAUUAUUCAAUAUGAAAUACUCCUUCAGUAUUAACACAGCAAAAACUGUAGCACCAGAAGCAGUGAUGCACCAGAAUUCUUACCAAUAUUAAUUUGAUUUAAGCACAUCAGCCGAGUUUAAAUGUUGAUAAAAUAAACAUUGUAAAGUCUGACUGCAUGAAGGAUAUGGUACAGUAUUAUAUGACAGAUAACUCCUUACAUAAAAUCUUAGCUUACAGUGACUUGGGAAUAAAGCUGGACAGAA